GAGAUCCGAGAGCAGGCUCCGAGAGGGGCGGAGAGCGGCCGCCGGGCUAGCGGGGAGGGAAAGCCCGGCGGGCUCCGCGCCGCCGCCCGCCGCACGGCACGCUCUCAGCACCGCCAGCCCGCACGGCCCCGCAGCCUUCCGGGAGGAAGCGGCGCAGGGAGCGGCCGGGGCGCGCUCGGGCUUCCCUCACCUGCCGGCGUCCGGCGGCUCUCCGGCGGGACGCGCGCAGGCCGGGCGCGCAGGAGGAGAGAAGACCGGCCGCCCGCGCCGCAGCCCAGCCGCCCGGGAGAGCCUCGGAGCCCGCGCGGGGCGCCGGCUCCAUGGCGACCGGGCUCGGGGAGCCGGUCUACGGACUUUCGGAAGACGAGGGAGAGUCACGUAUUCUCAGAGUGAAGGUGGUUUCUGGAAUUGAUCUCGCCAAAAAGGACAUCUUUGGAGCCAGUGAUCCGUAUGUGAAACUUUCAUUGUACGUAGCGGAUGAGAAUAGAGAACUCGCUUUGGUACAGACAAAAACAAUUAAAAAGACGCUGAACCCAAAGUGGAAUGAAGAAUUUUAUUUUAGAGUAAACCCGUCUAAUCACAGACUCCUGUUUGAAGUAUUUGAUGAAAACAGAUUGACACGGGACGACUUCCUGGGACAGGUGGACAUACCCCUCAGUCAUCUCCCGACAGAAGAUCCGACCAUGGAGCGACCCUAUACAUUUAAGGAUUUUCUCCUUAGACCAAGAAGUCAUAAAUCUCGAGUUAAGGGAUUUUUGCGAUUGAAAAUGGCCUAUAUGCCAAAAAACGGAGGUCAAGAUGAAGAAAACAGUGAGCAGAGGGAAGACAUGGAGCAUGGCUGGGAGGUCGUGGACUCGAAUGAGUCGGCCUCUCAACACCAGGAGGAGCUCCCUGCCCCGCCACUGCCCCCUGGCUGGGAAGAGAAGGUGGACAAUCUCGGUCGUACCUAUUAUGUGAACCACAACAACCGGACCACUCAGUGGCACCGACCAAGCUUGAUGGAUGUGUCCUCCGAGUCGGACAGCAACAUCAGGCAGAUCAACCAGGAGGCAGCGCACCGGCGCUUCCGCUCACGCAGGCACAUCAGUGAGGACCUGGAGCCCGAGCCCAGCGAGGGCGGGGACGGCCCGGAGCCUUGGGAGACCAUUUCUGAAGAAGCGAACGUCUCUGGGGACUCCCUCAGUCUGUCACUGCCCCCACCACCAUCCUCCCCAAUGUCUCGGACCAGCCCUCAGGAGCUGUCUGAGGAACUGAGCAGAAGGCUUCAGAUCACUCCAGACUCCAAUGGGGAGCAGUUUGGUUCUUUGAUUCAGAGAGAGCCGUCCUCGAGGUUGCGGUCCUGUAGCGUCACUGACACGGCCGCCGAGCAGGCUCAUCUACCACCGCCCAGUGCCCCAACUAGGAGAGUGCGGUCAUCAACUGUCACAGGUGGUGAGGAGCCAACGCCAUCAGUGGCCUAUGCACACACCACGCCGGGCCUACCUUCAGGCUGGGAAGAAAGAAAAGAUGCUAAGGGACGCACAUACUAUGUCAAUCAUAACAAUCGAACCACAACUUGGACUCGACCUAUCAUGCAGCUCGCCGAAGACGGUGCGUCCGGAUCCGCCACAAACAGUAACAACCACCUAAUCGAGCCUCAGAUCCGCCGGCCCCGUAGCCUCAGCUCGCCGACUGUAACCUUAUCUGCCCCACUGGAGGGUGCCAAGGAUUCGCCCAUACGCCGGGCUGUGAAAGAUACCCUUUCCAACCCACAGUCCCCACAGCCAUCACCUUACAACUCCCCCAAACCACAACACAAAGUCACACAGAGCUUCCUGCCGCCUGGCUGGGAAAUGAGGAUAGCACCCAACGGUCGGCCCUUCUUCAUUGACCAUAACACAAAGACUACGACGUGGGAAGAUCCACGCCUGAAAUUUCCAGUGCAUAUGCGGUCAAAGGCAUCUUUAAACCCCAAUGACCUCGGCCCUCUUCCUCCUGGUUGGGAAGAAAGAAUUCACUUGGAUGGCCGAACGUUCUAUAUUGACCAUAAUAGCAAAAUUACUCAGUGGGAAGACCCAAGACUGCAGAAUCCAGCUAUUACUGGUCCGGCUGUUCCUUACUCCAGAGAAUUUAAACAGAAAUAUGACUACUUUAGGAAGAAAUUAAAGAAACCUGCUGAUAUUCCAAAUAGGUUUGAAAUGAAACUUCACAGAAAUAACAUCUUUGAAGAGUCCUAUCGGAGAAUCAUGUCUGUGAAAAGACCAGACGUCCUGAAAGCCAGACUGUGGAUCGAGUUUGAAUCGGAGAAAGGUCUUGACUAUGGGGGUGUGGCCAGAGAGUGGUUCUUCUUACUGUCCAAAGAGAUGUUCAACCCCUACUAUGGGCUUUUUGAGUAUUCUGCAACGGACAACUACACACUUCAGAUCAACCCCAAUUCAGGCCUCUGUAAUGAAGACCAUUUGUCCUAUUUCACUUUUAUUGGAAGAGUUGCUGGUCUGGCAGUAUUUCAUGGGAAACUUUUGGAUGGUUUCUUCAUUAGACCGUUUUACAAAAUGAUGUUGGGAAAGCAGAUAACUCUGAAUGACAUGGAAUCUGUGGAUAGUGAAUAUUACAACUCUUUGAAAUGGAUCUUGGAAAAUGAUCCUACUGAACUGGACCUCAUGUUCUGUAUCGAUGAAGAAAACUUUGGACAGACCUAUCAAGUGGAUCUGAAGCCCAAUGGGUCAGAAAUAAUGGUGACAAAUGAAAACAAGAGGGAAUAUAUUGACUUGGUCAUCCAGUGGAGGUUUGUGAACAGGGUCCAGAAGCAAAUGAAUGCCUUCUUGGAGGGAUUCACAGAACUGCUUCCUAUUGAUUUGAUUAAAAUUUUUGAUGAAAAUGAGCUGGAGUUGCUGAUGUGCGGCCUUGGCGAUGUGGAUGUGAACGACUGGAGGCAGCAUUCUAUUUACAAGAAUGGCUACUGCCCAAACCACCCUGUCAUUCAGUGGUUCUGGAAGGCUGUGCUGCUCAUGGAUGCCGAGAAGCGGAUCCGGUUACUGCAGUUUGUCACGGGGACGUCCCGAGUACCUAUGAACGGCUUCGCCGAACUUUAUGGUUCCAAUGGUCCUCAGCUGUUUACAAUAGAGCAAUGGGGGAGUCCUGAAAAACUGCCCAGAGCUCACACAUGCUUUAAUCGCCUUGACUUACCUCCAUAUGAGACCUUUGAAGAUUUACGAGAGAAGCUUCUCAUGGCCGUGGAAAACGCUCAAGGAUUUGAGGGGGUGGAUUAAUCGCCCCCCCGGCCUCGGGGUGGUGGUCGUCCAGCAAGCCCUGCUUGCACUUUUGCAUUUGCCUAACAACAGACUUUGCAGAGACCAGGUGGAAGGAGGAGCCGCAGGUGUGGCUCCUGGAGCCGAGCCUUCUCGAGCCUUCGCCCACGACUUGCCCAGGUUCAGAUGUGGGAGCCCAGUCCCAGGUCGAGUUCCUGCAUUUUCCACCACGAAUUAUCAACUGGUUGAUGUGUACACUAAUGACAUUUCAGGAGGACUUAAUUCUAUUUAUGUUGUGCCUCUGUAGGCAAAGCCCUUAAUAAAUAUUUUACAUACUUUAUAAUGACAAUGAAUGGAAUUAAUCACUCUACAGGUAUAGUAUUACAACUCAUGUUUACUUUUUAAAAUGAUUUAGAUCGAUUUUCAGAUUUUAUUUCAUUAACAAUUAAAGAUGUCUCGUGUACUUGGAAAA